CGGCAAUCGGUCGAGUGUUCCAUGUACAGUGCCCCCAUCAAUAAUUAUGUUUAAUAUUUUUUUAUAGUAUUGAUAAAUUAAAGUAUUGAACAAUAGUGUGUAGUUAAAACACGGGGAUUUACUUUGUCUGAAGCACGGUGUAGUGUAGUUCCCAUUUAGGUUUAAUUAGUAUAUGAGUAACCGCAAAAAAUGUGGAUUAAAACUUCAUUGAUACUUAGCUGUUUGGUAACGGUUUCAUUAGCUGUAGACGAGCACCGCCCCAAAAAGCGCGAGGACCGAGGAAAGCGUCAGUUGGAAUACAGUAUUUCGCACCACUACCAAGGGCCACAUGGCUUCCGGUCCGAGAGGCGGAUAUCCGGCAUUCCGUUCACCUACUUAAAUCCGCCUAACCUUUCAGGUCCCUCCAGAUACACGACAAUUAACAAAGAUGACCUAGCCAGUGAGAAUAACCACAUCCACGAGCAUUACGGACACCCACCGCCGCCGCCGAACUACGAACAUCCCCCUCAACACUAUAAAAUCAACUUGCCGAAGAUUAUUGAGAGACCUAUCUUCAUCAAGGAACCUGAGCCAAUCAUCGAGAUUAUUAUUAAAGAGUCGAAUAUAACUUUACCGCCACCCCCUACGACUCCAGCACCGAAGAAAAAGAAGGAAGAAGUUCAGGUUUUCUAUGUUAAAUACAAGAAAAACCCCAACGGUUAUGGUAAAGAUAGCGUUAUCUAUGACAAACCAGUACCAGCCAUCUCACCAAAAAUCCCCGAUGAAGAAGAACAUGAGGAGGAACAUCCAGGAUAUCCAGCCGCUCAUGAAACCCAUGAAACCGAAACCCUUCCACCACCACCAAGCACAACCCUUAGAACAUUGAUUAAACCCGACUCUGAAAUCUACCACAGCGAAAGCGGUAUUAAAGUGACUUUCGGUAAAGAAGGCUGGGAUCACAGCAAACGCAGCAACAAACCGGAAGAAUUAAAUCAACAGGAAAGAUCGUCAUCAGCAGAUCAGCCUCAUUCAGUGCAAUUCCCACAAGCUAGACAGUUAUCUAAUUUCCCUACCUAUCAAAAAAGAGCGCCCAGUUUCGCACCUACUUUUGACAGUAACAAAGGUUUCAGAUCUGACAGACCACCACAAGGUUAUAGACCCUUCAACGCACCUCCACCACCUUCUUUCAAACAACCUCAACCCCAAUUUAACAGACCACCCCCUCAAUUUUCAUCCUCACAGUUUAAAUACCAAAACCCCCCAUAUGUUAAGCCACCUACUCAAGGAUCAUUCUCAACACCACCAUUUUUAAGACAAGUCGCACCUCAGCUAUCUUUCCCUCCUAAUAACGCACCCUUCCCCCCGUUCUCUAGAUCCCCCUCAAACCCCCCUCAACGCCAACCUGUACCUUACAAACCCUUCGAACAACCAAUACCGCAACAACAAAAAAACUUCCCAUCUCAAAAUCACAAUUUUAAUAACCCACCUCCGCAAUUUAGACAACCCCCUCCAAGCUUUAGGCAACCAGCACAGACACAACCCCAAAAUAUACAGUUCAGGCCGGAAACUCACUUCCCGGCGCAACAGCAUCCCCCUCUACCUCAACAAAAUAACGUAUUUAAUCCUCAGCAAGUACAAGAACAUAAAAUACAGCAGCAGAUUUUGGAAGAAACGAAAAAUCGUAGACCAGUGGAACAAAAUCAUCAAAUUCAGCAGCAACAGCAUCAAAUACAGCAACAAAAUCAUCAAGUACAGCAACAUCAUCAAAUACAGCAGCAACAAUUGCAACAAAAUCAGCAAAUUCUGCAACAACAUCAAUUGCAACUUCAACAAAAACAAAAUGAGCAUUCACAAAACUUCGAACAAGCAAAAAACCUGGUGCCACCUGGCGGCGAAUUGAUACAUUCGUUGCCAAAGUACGAGCAACAUUACUCGAUAAUCGAACCUAACAAACCACAACAAAUACCUUCUUUCCAAGAAACUCAACAAAGUAAUCUAAACAUUCAACAACAGCAAGAUCAUAGCCAACAACAAAGCAGUUUUAAUAGUCAGCAGAGCAACUUUAAUAGACAACCUCAGCAGAGUUUUACUCAGCAACAAGAUCACUUCGAGUUGCAAUCCAGAGAACAACAACCUCAACAUCAACAUCAACCUCAACCUCAACCUCAACUUCAACCUCAACCUCAACCACAAUACGAAGAAGACAAACAAAACAGUCAAAACUUACAACAAACUUUCUACCAACAAUUAUUGCAGCAACAAUAUCAGCCAAAACAUUCUUUCACAACACCUAGAAGUACCACAGUAUACAGAACAACAACAUCAUCUCCAAGAUUUGUCUACCAAACAACAACAAGUCCAAAACCAAGUACUACAACUACGGAAGAACCUUCCACACAAAGCACUACAACUAAAGAUCCUAGGAUUUUAGAAGCCCAACUACCAGACGAAGUUCCAGAGGAUCUAAGGGCUCAAUUAUUAUCAUCUGGCAUCCUAAAUAAUGCUGAUAUUUCAAUCUUAGACUACGAUAAAGUAGGAGACAUACCUUUAUCCGCUCUACCACCAGAUCAAUUGGCGAACUUCUACAAUGCGGGCGGUGGCUCCCAAAUAGGCGCUGAAAGCCAACGUGUAGAAUCAGUGGUAAAACCAUAUGAUGAUUUGGAUUCUGCUGGUUCAGAGUUUCAAACUGUCAAAGUAAAAGCCCCAGUAUCCAUGAAGGUUGUGCAUUACAAUCCUGAAACUGGGGAUGGGCAGAAAGUUCAGAACAAAUACUUGAAACAAGGCGCUAAGAGAGUUGAUCCAGUAGUUUUAAACGAUAGUACUUAUAACAGAUAUUUGCCAUUAAAGGUUAAUGGUACGCAAUUUCCCAUUCCUGAUGUUCCAGAAUUAAAGGGCAAAAAAAUUUCAAGUGUUGUGGUUUUGGCUCCAGUGGCCUACGAUUUUUCAUCGAAAAGAAAGACCAGAAAAAUUGAGAAUGCUGAAGAAUUGGCUUUGGUUCAAGAUGAUUCAUUGAAGGUUUUGUUAAACAAUCCAACGAGUGAAAAUUUUAGAAAGUUUUUUGAAAAUGAGAGUAAAACACGAGCAGAUAAACAAUCUGUAAUUCUUCUAGUGACAAGAGGAGCAGAAGGCAAAGAAAUCUUCAUGUACGACGUGCCAUCAAAAUCAGUCAGCAAAUUGAGCGGCGAAUUAUCGUCGGCUUUCGUGGAUGCAGCUGAAGCUAACGCAGAAAAAGAUGAAGUCGAAGCUGAAAAGGCUGCAGCUUCAAACAUCGUCGAAACAAGAAUUCCAUACGAAGGCCAAAUCGACCGAAAUGACAGCUUCGAAGAGUCUGACCUUGAUGGUGCUGGGUCCGAGGGUAUUGGGUCUAAUAUACCCAUUAUAGAUCCCAUGAAAGAUGACUUGGAGCCCAAACCCUCAGAACAGCUCUCCAGUUUUGUGGACUUUUCUGGAAAAUCGUUAAGCAGCGAGGAUAUGUCGGUAUCUAGUGAGCAAAAACCUUAUAAUGGUUUAAGACUGUAAAAACGUAUAUGCCAUCAUUUUUGGGCUUACGUUUUUUCCAAGUUCUGUUGCCUUGAUAUAAAAUUAUAGCAUUAAUAUUAUUGGUUUGUAGUAAUUUAUUGAAAUUGAUCUGUAUUUAUUAUGACAAAAUUAAAAGAUAUCUUUAAUUUUUAUUGUUAAACUUGCUUUAUAUUUUUUUGCUAAAGGUAUCUCGGUA